AUGGACCCCAUCAUCGCUCAAAUUCGUGCUUUGGCCAGGACGUCCGACGAGGUCGGCCGUCUGGAACUUCAACAAGCUCUACGCAAGGUUCAAAUGGAGAUACAAACUUCCAAGGAUUUUCUUUAUAAUAUUGCAAACUCGCAACUCCUUAUGGGAACCAUUUGCCUAGGCGCUGACAUGAAAUUGUUUCGCACCAUCGCUAGCCAUGACGGAUCAGUGAACGUUUCCCAGCUGGCCAAGACUACUCAAGCAUCUCCUCUGAUGCUAGAGAGACUACUCCGGUAUCUGGGCUCGAACGGCGUGAUCAAAGAGGUAGGUUGCAAUGAAUACCAGGCAAACACUACUACUCACGUCCUUGCCAACGAAAAAGGAGAAGCUAUGGUGUAUCACGGAUUCGAUUUCCACGGACCGAUCGUCAGAGCAGUGCCUGAAUUCUUCAAGGAAAACAAGUAUCAAGACAUUGAUAGCGCUACAAACACCCCCUUCCAGAAAGCUCACAAUACCACGCUCAGUGCCUUCGACUGGUUGGUCCAGCAGCCAAAACAUUUCGAGGCUUUGCAGAAGGUUAUGACUUCAAUUGAGGGCUCUGAGUGGACUGUGGGAUUCGACCUCUUGGAUUCGGAAGCAGCCAAGAUUCCCUCAACAUCUCCUCAGCCUUACGAAAAGCCCUUCUUUGUGGAUGUUGGAGGUGGUCACGGACAUCAGUGCAUUCAGCUUGGCAAGAAAUAUCCAGCCCUUUUAGGCCGACUUGUCCUUCAGGAUCUUCCAGCAGUCAUCAACAAGCUUCCUCCGAUUGAGGGUGUAAAGGCUGAAUCUCACGACUUCUUCCAGAAACAGCCCGUAACUGGUGCGAAGUUUUACUAUCUUCGACGUAUCAUGCAUGACUGGCCCGAUAAGGAGUGUACCAAGAUCCUCCAAAGCAUUGUUGAUGCUAUGGAUGCGAACUCUCGCAUUCUCAUCGAUGAAGUGGUCUUGCCAGAUACCGGUGCCCGUUGGCAGGCGACGAUGGCUGAUAUUUCCAUGAUGAUUGCGCUAGGAGGAAAGGAGCGGACAGUUCAGCAGUGGCAUGCACUCGCUGACUCCGCAGGCUUGCAGGUUGAGCACAUCCAUGCCUAUACUGCUUCUACCUACACCUCUAUUGUCGUCCUGGGCCCGAAAUGA